UGACCGAUGAGUUUUAACGGGAGGCGAAAAAAAGAGGAGAGAAAAAUGAAAGAGCGAGGGAGAUAGAGAGCGAAAGAGAGAGAGAGAGAGAGAGAGGGGGAGAGGGAGGUAGAGGAGUGCUGUCGGACCAUCCUACCAGGCAGACCAGGAGGACACACUUCUAUUAUCUGGUUGCAGUGUUUCAUCAUGACCGCCCUGCGUCAGAGGAAGGGCAGCAAAGGGAAGGAGCCCCCUCUCGGUGCAGAGUUUCAGUCCCAGCAGGCCAACUGUUGCACUGAUCAUCACCCAGAGAAGAUCUUGCAUGGUGAUUGGUCAUGGGGGGCAAUAAUCUGGACAUCAGUUGGUUGGUCUGUGUCUGUUGGUCUUGGCCUGCUGUGCUGUAUCUACAUGGCCACACUACAUGAGAACGACCUGUGGUUCUCCAACAUCAAGGAAGUGGAGCGGGAGAUCUCCUUUCGGACAGAGUGUGGACUGUACUACUCCUACUUCAAGCAAAUGUUACAGGCCCCAUCCAUACGGGAAGGGCUCUCAGAUUUGAUCCAUGACAACUUGACAGAAUCCAAGAGGACCAUUAAUCUCCUACAACGAAUGAAUAUCUACCAAGAGGUCUUUCUCAGUGUUCUCUACAGAUUGUUACCCAUACAGUCGUAUCUGGAGCCAGUGUAUUUCUACAUUUACACAGUGUUCUCGCUCCAAGCGGUGUAUGUGAUUGCUCUGUACCUCACAGCAUGGCUUCUGUCUGGUUCCUGGCUGGCUGGUGCUCUCACUGGAAUCUGGUACAUCCUCAACAGGGUAGAUACCACUCGUGUGGAGUUCACCAUCUCCCUCAGAGAGAACUGGUCGUUGCCCUUCCUGGCGCUGCAGGUUACCGCUAUAACCUGUUACCUCAGGCCACAGCUCACUGUCUUACAGCAGAAGGUGAUGGUGUGGUUGAUGUACGUGACGACGUUCUGUUUCUGUCUGACAUGGCAGUUCAACCAGUUCAUCCUACUUGUUCAGGCUCUUAUCAUAUACACCCUGGACUGUGUCGACUUCCUAACUACAACACAGGUGACUACCUUGUACCUUGUUCAAGUAAGCGGUCUGCUGAGUGUGUGGCUCCUCCAGUUCUGUAACUCCAUGAUACUGGGAUCACUCGUCCUGAGCUUCAUCGUAGCCGCACUCUUCAUCAGACACUGCCAGUCUGGUUUGAAGACAGGAAACCUGCUGGUUCGUCUGGGCAAACUACUUCUCCACAGCGCCAUGGUUCUCCUCCUCACCUUCACCAUCAACUACCUGGCCAAGAAAGCACUUCAGCUCAGAUCAGACGAACACAUCUUUAAAUUCAUCAAGUCAAAGUUUGCCCUGGGGCCGACGAGGGAUUUUGAUGCCAGUCUGUAUUUGUGUGAGGAGGCCUUCGGCCUGCUACCCCUAGACACACUGGAGCGUCUGGCUGGUACCCUACUGCUAUACCCCUACAUCCUCACACUGCCACUGCUCAGCGGCAUGUUGGCAGUGGCCGCACUGCAGAACGUGAGCAGACCUAAAGGAGGUUCAGCUGAGGAGAGGAAAGGAGCUGGAGAGGUGCGAGUGGUGGCUUUUCGCCCAGACGUGGCCUAUAAUCUGUUGCAUACACUGUUCUUUGGCAUCCUUGCUUUCAGCACGAUGAGGAUGAAGUAUAUAUGGACUGGCCAUAUGUGUGCGGUCGCAGCCUAUGGUGUGUGUGGGACGGAGUUGUGGACUCUGCUUCUCAACGCGCUCCGCUGCAACACUAAAGUUUUGCACAAAGACCCCUAAGCAGGCUGUAUUUGCAGGCAGCAUGCAGCUGCUGGCUGGCAUCAAGCUGUGCACAGGCAGAGUUCUCACCAACCACCCCCAUUAUGAAGAUAAAGACCUGCGGGAAAGGACCAGACAGGUGUAUCAGGUGUACGCUCGCCGCUCCCCGGAGGAAGUCUACGAAAUCCUGAGGGCCGCCGGGGCCGACUACGUGGUGCUGGAAAACAGCAUCUGUUACGAGCGGAGGCACAGGCGAGGCUGCAGACUGCGGGACCUGCUCGACCUGGCCAACGGACAUAUCAUGGACGGG